GUUCCUGUAUUCUGACGAGGUCCACAUUGGUCCAGAGACAGUGAUGACGACUCUUUACACGGCUAAGAAGUAUGCCGUCCCUGCUCUGGAGGGACACUGUGUAGAGUUCCUCACCAAGCACCUCAGAGCCGACAACGCGUUCAUGCUUCUCACUCAGGCAAGAUUAUUCGAUGAGCCUCAACUUGCCAGUCUCUGCUUAGACACCAUAGACAAAAGCACUGCAGACGCAAUAAACGCAGAGGGCUUUACAGAUAUUGACCUCGACACUUUAUGUGCCGUGCUACAAAGAGACACACUCAGCAUCAGGGAGAACCGUCUGUUUGGGGCAGUGGUACGCUGGGCAGAGGCCGAGUGUUACAGACAACAGCUUCCCCCGACCUCGGAGAACAAACAGAAGGUUCUGGGGAAAGCUCUCCCGCUCAUCCGCUUCCCGCUCAUGACUGUUGAGGAGUUUGCUGCAGGGCCUGCCCAGUCUGGAAUAUUGUUCGAUCGGGAGGUGGUAAAUCUGUUUUUACACUUUACAGUAAACCCCAAACCACGGGUCGACUACAUUGACAGGCCCCGCUGCUGCCUCAGGGGGGAAGAGUGCAGCAUUAAUAGAUUCCAGCAGGUUGAGAGUCGAUGGGGGUACAGUGGUACCAGCGACAGAAUCAGAUUCAAUGUUAACAAAAGAAUAUCCAUAGUGGGUUUUGGCUUGUAUGGUUCGAUACACGGACCCACUGACUAUCAGGUCAACAUACAGAUCUUAGAGAGCGACAAACGCAUUACACUGGGGCAGAAUGACACAGGUUUCAGCUGUGACGGCACAGCAAGCACGUUCAGAGUGAUGUUCAAAGAGCCUGUGGAAAUCCUACCCAAUGUCAGCUACACUGCAUGUGCCACGUUAAAGGGCCCAGACUCCCAUUACGGCACGAAAGGGUUGAAGAAAGUGACCCAGGAAUCAGCAACGGGGACCAAGACAACAUUUUUGUUUUUUAGCUCACCUGGAAAUAACAAUGGUACGUCAGUGGAGGACGGGCAGAUACCAGAGAUCAUCUACUACACCUAGACUUACUGCAGUGUCAUUCAUGCAGGUACACUAAACCAGGGAGACCUCAGACUGCUGGGUAGACUGGACUGCUGGAUAUAUAUACGUAGUGCCUCAUGAUCCCCUGGAAUAAAGAAUGUGUGUGUGUGUUUGAGCGUGUGCGUGUAUAUGCUGUAUGUGCAUAUCUGUCUAUACUAUAGUGGUGUACAGACAUCAUCAGGAAUGUGGAAAAAGUCAGAGUUGUGGGAAAAUCACUGUUCUGAAGCGGAAAAAAAGAAGCUUUUUGGGCAUAAACUCAGUUGUAAAUUAUCUAAAUACUGAUGUCCUGUCUAUGUGUUGUUAUCAGUAAGCUGCCAGUGCAGGACCAUUUGUUGGUUGAUGCCAUUUAAUUUUGUUAUUUUGACAGUUUUUUGCUGAUGCAUUUACAGACAGUAUAAUAUUUGCAUAUUAUUAUUUUAUUCAGCAGGUGUCUUCAAGUACUCUGUGUUUGCAUUGUAUUAAGGAUCUGUGUGUUAUGUAACUUUGCCAUUGGUACAUGUUGUAAUUUAUGACUUCAUGUUUGCUUAGCACAUCAUUAAAAUGUAAAAGGAAAAAAAAAAAGAACGUUCUUGGACUUUUAUGGUCAAAUAAAUGAAAAAAGUCUAUUUUUAGCUUUUUGGCAAUAAAAUGUGGUCAGACCAAA